AUGUCAAACUCGACAGAAGUCUCGAUUCUGGACAACCUAGCCGAUAUUGAUCUAAUAAAACAGUUUCAAUCCGACAUUCGCAAAGAAUGGCAAGGUGACGAGCCUGGAAUCAACUUCUUCCUUCUGAUCGGAACGCUGGUUCUCUUCAUAACAUGGGCCGUUUUCUCAGUAUUCUUCUUCAGUCGACUGUGCGGAACCUUGAUUUGCAUAUUCUUGAAGAGACUACUGCCAUAUUUGAUGGGUGAACAACAACAACUUCAACACUUUUCGUUGGGAUCAUUCUCAGUGUCAUUGUUGGCCGGAAAGAUCAUGUUCAGAGACAUAUUGUACAUCACAGACGAUUAUUCGGUGAGGAUAAACGAUGGUUAUGUCAUAUUCUCGUUCUGGAGAAGAGUGCCGAGGAAGGAGGAACUGGAUGCGACCAGGGACAAAAAGCAUGGGUGGGUUUGGAAGGGGUUUUUGAGGUGUUUUAAGUAUUUUGAUAUGAUUUUAUAGUCAUUUAAGAGAAAUUAAAAUUUUUUUUGGAAUUGUUGAAACUGGAAAGAAAGUUUUUGUGAUUUUUGUAUUUUGUAAAGAAAGUUAUUGCCAUUUUAUGUUGUGUAAAGAAAGUUCAUGUCAUUUCAAGAUCUGUAAAGAAAGUUUUUGGUAUUUUUCUUGUGUAAACAAACUCUGUAAAGAAAGUUAUUGCCAAUUUGUGCAUUGUGAAGAAAGUUAUUGCUAUUUCAAACUUUGUAAAGAAAGUUCUUGCAAUUUUAUUAUUAGUAAAUAAAGUUCUUGUCAUUUUUCGUUAAAAUAAUUUGUAAAAUAUUUUUUUAAAAAUUUUCAGUGACAUUUCUCGUCUACACUUAUCACUAAACGGUGUAAAAGUACACUUUUACAACCGCCUAGAUGUAUAUCAGACGUUUGCUCGAGCAGCGCGAGGCGCUUCAGCAUCAGCCGGCCAUUUUGUACCACCGAAAGAACAGUAUCCAAAGAAGGACUUGGACAACAAUGCCUUUUCUCAAUUUGCAAAAAGAGUUGAAGAACAACAACUCGAGGCAUGUUGGGACAAGUUCUGGCGACUAGUUGGAGUAAUUGUGUUGGACAUGAACAGUUGCAGAAUCAUUGCUGGAAACAAUCGAAUGCCAUAUGCUUUUGCUUUCGUUGUUGAGAAUUUUCAGUGUAAGUUAUUGGUAUUUAAUCUUACUCUACUUUACCUUGAUUUACCUUACCUUACCCUACCCUAUCCAUACGCCGACUCCCACUACUACUCUUGCCAUUACCAUUUCUACAUUACUGUAUAAUACGCUUACUGUUAGACUUACAGUACUUAACUUACUAUAUCUUUAUUGUAUCUUAUUUUUUUUACUUUGACCUCUACAGUAUGUCGCACUUUUUCUUACUGUGACUUACUGUACAGUAUUCUAUUUACUUUUGUAGAUCUAUGCCAAUAAAUUUAUUUUACUUUGACUCACUAUUUUCUACCUUUAUUUGCUCUACCUUACCCUAUUUUAAUUUAUCAUACUUUGUCACGCCUUAAUUUACCUUGUCUUGCCUUAUCCUCGUUUACUUUUUACUUUAUCCUAUCAAACCCUUUACUGUUCACUUUUAAAUUCUUUAUUUUUAAGUUCAAAAGUUGAAAAAUAAAAAAAAAUAUUUAAAUUUUAGCAAAACUGUUUAUAACCGGAGCCUCGAACACAGAAGACCAGCACAUGCUCAGAAUGAAGGCCGUGAUGGAAAGUGUUCGAAUUUCAUUGAUAAAGCAAAACAACUUUAAAGGCCAGAGGGAAGAUCCGCCAAGAACGAUGGGAGAUGGGUUCGCAAUUCUUCAAAGCGCUACGAUCCACUUCUUCUAUCAUCAGGACAUACUGGGUGGGUAGUGCUUUUCUGUACUUAAAUACUACACUAUUCAGUACUAAUUUUACGUCUCUGGUACUAUUUAGCACUAGAAUACUCAAACUGUUUGAAUUUUAGGUUUUGUCCGAUCAGAAGACGCCCAAUCCACCAAAACCAACCUUCCUGUAUGGGAGACAAAGUGGCGUCUCGACAAGAACACUAUCAUAUCAUAUGGCCCAUGGGCCGACAAAAGACGCGCCGAACUCUACAGUUUCUUCUUUCCAAGCGAUUACGGUAUCGUACCAAUCACUCAGAUGCCAAAACGAGGCGAAAAACGAAUCUUCAUUCAACACGAAAUGAGCGUAUCCUUCAUUCGUGACGCCACUAUUGAUUUCUGGUUCAUGAGAAACGAUGAGUUGAAUGCCAUGCACAGUAGAGUAAAGCCCGGGUCGAUGUUUGAGUGCACUGUGCCGUGGAUUUGCGGGGAGAAUGGAUAUACUUCAGGUAAGGGUGUAGGGGUGUUUUGUUUGUUUUAUGGCCGGAUAGGGAAUAGUAGGUCUAGAGUAUGGUAGAGUAAGAUAUUAUAAUGCUAGGGCGGGGCAUACUGGAGAGUAGGGUAAGUAUGAGUAGGGUAUGGUAAGGAUAAGGUAGGAAAUAAUGGUGAUUAAGUUAGGGUAAAGAGUACUCUAAAGUUGGGUAAGGCUGGUUAUAUUGUAGUCUGGAAACAAAAUUUUGCGGGGUAUGUAAUAAACACUGUAAGGCAUCUUAGGGUGUAUUAUAUAGCAGGGUAGCUUCUUUACGAGGGAUGUACUAUCGAGUAAGGUAAGGCAUGAUGCAGCACAAUUAAAGGCAUGGUGACGAUUAAAAUGGACUGGGGUAAUUUAGGGUACGGGAGUUAAGCGUAGGGUAGGGUAAAGCAGAUCACGGCAGUAUAGGAUAAGGUAGGCUAGGACAGAAUAUGAUAUACUAUUAAUGGUGUAAGGUAGGGUAGGGUAAGGUAGGCUAGGGUAGGAUAGGGUAAAGUAGUGUAAGGUAAGGCUAGUAGGGUGUAAUAUGCGAGCAUAUUUUAAAAUUUGUAAAAACGAAAAUGGUCUUUUAAAUAAAACUUUUUAAAAUUUUUAGUAACAAAAGGCACCCUGCUAAAGCUCGAAGCCACUACAAGUUUACCCUUCCGUGACUUUAUCGUAUGCGAAACGGCCAAGUUCAACCUGGUAGUAGACUUCCCAAGAAACUAUAACGCUCACCAAGUAUGGAACUUUGGCCUGGAACUCCAUCAAAUCUCAACUUAUCUCUUCUGGGACCACAAACGCUUCCUGGCCGAUCUGAUCGAUGAAUGGAGCUCGGAAGAUGUGUCAGAUUUGUGCCGUUUCGUACCUUAUACAUGGCAUUUCAACAUCAAUAUCAUUGACAAAUUCGAAGUGAUUUUGUUGUUGAACGACAAGAAUUGGGUUGAUACUGGGUAAGAUAUUGAGGUAGAUGAAAAAGUUGGGUUUGAGGACAAAAUUUGGGAUUUUGAUGUUAUAGUAGGUGUAGAAAUGACGUUUUUGGAUUUAAAAAGGCUUUAUAAAGCAUUGAAAUGGGUUUGUUGGUGUUUGAAAUAGAAAAAACGGCGUUGAAAGAGCUGUUAUGCCUAUUAUAAUAUAGGAAAGACGUGUUUUUAGGCCAAAAAACGACGAUUUUUACCUAAAAAAUGACAAAACUUGGUGUAUAUUACUUAAAAGAUACUGUUUUUUGAUUGGGAAAGCUAGUCCAUACCAUAUAAAUUUAAACUAAACUAAUAUAACUCAUUUCAGAGCCGCCCAAUCGGCCGAAAACACUCAAGCGGCCAUUGUGGGUAAUCAACUCACCAUCAACUUCUCUCUCCCAUUUACCGAAUUUAGCCCAAAAACCAUCAAAGUGGCCUACGAAAUCAAAGCCUUCAGUGAUCUGGCACUUCGUGUUCGAGUACCUUCACAAAGCACCAUCGAACCAUUGUUUUUGGCAUUGUGCAACAGCGCGGCCAACAAAACAAAAAUGAAAUAUUCAAAGGUUUUUGUGACGGCUGGCCCGGAGCAGGUGAGCAUUUGAAGAUUUUAACAUUAGUUCAGGUCUUUCGGGAAGUCUUGGGACUUACUUUGACAGAGGGGAAGACUUGACUCAACCAGGUGUUCCGGGUCAAGUUUUUCUCUCGUACUUUUUUGUCUUAGAUUUGUGAAAAAUGAUGUAGGAAUGUAGGAUACUUUUGUUCGGAUGCUUUUUCGAAGGUUUUUUAAAGAAACAAUUGAUUCAAAAAAUAUUAUUUUGAGUCAAGUUUUUCUUCUUAGUUUUUUUAAUUUUUUUUUGUAAAAAUAAGUUGUGAAUGUAAAAUACGGUUGAUUCGUUGAGUUUUGGCAGAACUAAAGACACGUAACUUAGUUUUAACAACAUUUAGAGCUUUUAAUUCACAAACGUAAGACUUGACUCAACGAAGACGAUUUUGAGUCAACUUUUUCUCUCAAGCUGUUUUUAUGAAAAUUUACAUUGAAACUUUGCAUUACGAAACAAAUAAGUUGUAAAAAUACCUUUAAAUUUGAAAAAAGGUUAAAAAAACGUAGUUUAUAUAACAUAAUUAUCAUCCAUGAAUAACAUGGGUAAUAUAAUAUGCCCAAGCUAAAUAAGCUCCAAAAAUUAACAAAAGUUUCAACUUCUUGUAGGGAUUUGUGGAGAUUUGGAGAACAGAGACGAUAUCAGUGCGGUUUGAUCAUGAAUACCAUCCGAUUUCGUCGAAAGUCAAUUCGGACGUACCAUUGAUCUUCUUGAAUGACUACUUGCCAAAAGAAAUCGAACAUCCGAACGAGCUGGAGCCGGAUUCGUUGGAAAUCGAAAUGAACUUUAGUGAAUCUGAAAUCUUGUUGAGCGGACUGUUGGUCCGAAUGAUAUUUGAUUUGAAGGAUAACUAUUUUGGAAGCUAUGAUAAGGUAAAAUACGAUUUUGACUUGAACGGUGUUUAUUGUCUACGAGGUUGGGUAAGGCAACAUAGGGAAGGGUGUGAUAGUAGAAACGGGUGGUGAAGAAUACGGUAGGUAGUGUAGGGCAGUUUAGCAUAAGAUAGUAGAAUGGGGCGAGGAAGAGUAUUUUAGGGUAGAGCAAAGCAGAAUAGGGAAGAGUGAGAUAUAUAUAUAGCUGGGUAAGGCAGGGCAGCCUAUAAAGCUAAGUUUUAUUACGGUAGCGCAGGAUAGGGUGUGGUGCUGGUGGUGUAUGGUAGAAUGUGGUGCGGUAUACCGUAGGACAGGAUAGGACUGUGUUAAAAAAUGAUACUGUAACAUAUUGGUAAGGCAAGGGAAGGUUAGGGUGCAGUAGGGUUUAGUAUGGUAGGGUAAUGUAGGUUAGGGUAGGGCAGGAUAGGGUACGGUACGCCACGGUACGGUACGGUAAGAUAAGGUAAGGUAGGGUAGUGCAGGGUAGGGUAGGGAAAGGUAGGGUAGCUUAGGGCAGGGUAAUAUUUUAGGGCAGAGUAAAGUAUGAUAAGGUAAGACUAAAUUUAGAUAAAUAAAUCUAAAUUUUGGAUAAAAAAUAAAUUCUAGUCUAUAUUCUUCUAGAUAUCAGACGUAAACGCGGAGAAACCCGAGCACAUAGUAAUAAAAGGGAUAGAAUCCGACUUUUUCAAACGACCAGAACUCUAUCGACCAAUGGACUGUAAACUUAGAAUUCAACUCGACAACGUUCAAGCUCAUUGUCUAUCAUUUUCACCAAAAACCGACGCCGAAACACCUGACUUAUGCCCAAUAUUAAUCAACGAACAAAUCGCGGUAGAGCUAUCCAAGAACCACAAGGAGUGUUUGGUACAAGCUCAAUUGGCACCAACGGUCGUUUAUUUCCCGGAAAAGGAAAAUCAAGCCAACCUGUCCAGUUUUAUCGAUGAAAAGUCACCAACAACAGGCUGGACGGGUGAUAAAACCAAUCCAGACUGGCUGACGUUGGACUCGUUUCAGUUCCGCGGGCAUGGCUUAUACUCGGACAAAGGGGUGCCAUGGGCGGUGGAAGUUGUUGAGUAUGCGUGGCAAGUGGAGGUAACGCUAGGACAGUUUAAUGCCAAGCUACAGCCAAGUAAUGUAACUACGAUUAUCCACUUCACUGAGACUUUUUUGACAUUGGCACUAAUGCCGGACGAAGCCAUGCAUCUGCCUGAGGAGUACAAUCUUUGUCAUCAUUUUGAGAAUAUUAAGGUAGGUAUUGGCUUGUGUAAUGUAGCGGUAGUUUACUUUAAAAAGAGUUUUUCAUUUCUUCUUUACUUUACUAUACUGUACCCUACCUUACUUUAUCUUACUCUACCUUAACUUUUUCAGAACUGUACCCACUCAAACCUGACCAACGUCGACCCAAAAGACAAACUAGUGAAAUGUUUUGGCUCAGACAUGCUAAAGUACAAGCUAGCCAGAGUAUCAUUGGACGGUGUUGAUCUACAACUACACAGUGGAAACCAUAUUACCCAAUUGACUACAGAAUUCUUCAGAUUCUCGUUUUGUAACAGUCAUAAUGGCACAUUCAAUGAGAACAUUAACUUCACCUUACCCUACUUCAACCUAAAACAAUAUACUUACAUUCCGAGUCGCGGUAUCUACGCGGAAACGGCAAAAAUUGAUGUAAAGAAGAUUGACAUGGAUAUUCGACUACCCUAUGCGGAACAUGAACGUAUAAUGGCACAGGAACGGCAGAAGUUCCUGAAGAAGCACGAUGGACUAACGAAGAGACUGUACUUUAUAUGGAUGGACGAGGCGGCUUGCGGAUGUACUGGAGACUCACAUUUCUUUGCUGCUCAUGAUUUGAGUGGAAAGAUAUUUGCCAAGAAUUUCACACAAAAAUUGGCCGAAAUUGUACUGAAAGGAGAUGAUGAACAAUAUGGGUUCAUGCAGAGUAUUUUGGAUCGGGAUUCGAGGUAUGACAGGCUUGUUAUGACGAAUAGAGAGUCGUUGUUGUUGGUAAUGUAACGCGUAGGCUGGGGUAGGAUAAAGCUAGGGUGUGAUAGGUAGGGUAAGGUAAGUAAAGGCUAGGGUAUAGUACUGUAGGGUAAGGUAAGGCGUAUUAGCAGAGAGUAAGGAAGGGAACGGAUAAGGUAGAGUAAGGUAGGAUAAGGUAGGAAAUUAGUAUGGGAAGGUUAAGUUAAAAUUGUGCUUAAAAAAUAGCAUGCAGUAAGCUAAGGUGGUGUAAUUUAGGACAAAGUAUAGUAACAUACGGUAAGGUAGAAGGAAGCGGUAUAUGGCAAGGUAAGAGCAAGGUAUUGAAAGGGUAGAUAGGCUUACGGUAGGGUACAAUAGAGCGUGGCAGAAAGCUCCAGGGUACAGUAAAACAUUAUGAUAUAGUAGGGCAGGGAGAGUAGGGUAGGGUAGGGUAGAUAGUAGAGGUAGAAUAUUAUAGGCAUGAUCAUAUCUUCUUUUUAAAACUUUUUUUUUAAAAUUUUUAACAGUUUUUACUCAAAAUCAAAUUUCAGCGGUAUCCGCUUAUCUGACGACAUCUCCUACACAGACUCGGAUCACGAAGAAUUUGGUCGAAAGCUGAGUGAAAACUCUUUCCAUUCAGCCAAUUCACAAGCAUCGGAUGACAAACGGCAAAGCAAUUAUCUAAAAUACCUGGAAAUUACUGAUUUUCAAAACUCGAAACCAAAAUGCCCAUCCUUUUCUCAUGUCGACUCAAUAUCAAAAUGGAUAUAUCAACAUACGACGGUGACGAAGAAACUCACAGAUGGUAUUUCAAACGUGUGUUUGAUCAAAAAGGAGAACAACAAUACGAGAAGCACGUCCAGCUCACAUUCAAGUGAUUCUGAAGCGAGAUUCAGCGAUGAUUGGGCUAAGGAUGCGAGUGCAUUGUGCAUUUCUGGGAUCUGUGGUCAGAAUGUUCAGGUAUAAUAUAAACUUUUAUGAGGCUUAGCUUGAAGUAUUUGGCUAAAAAUAGAGGUACAAGGGGCCAGGCCAUUUUUUUCGGCUUGGUCUACGAGCUGAGCCAAGUUUUUUGCUAUUUUUAUCAUUUUCCAACCGUUUUUUAACGUAACCGUGCCUUUUCAGGUCUUCAUAUCACCAUUGGCCCUAGAGGCAGCCGAAGAAGUAAUAGAAGCUUUCACCGAAGCUCUAACAUUGGCACAUCCAGCAAUCGUUCCACAAAAUAUCUACUUUUCAUGCGCUCUUGGCGGUCAUUCACAGCCAUUGACGAGGGAUUUGGCUAAAGAUAGAGGUAAAAUACGGCAACGUUAAUGUUUUUUGCAAAUUUUAGGAUUUUUUUGUUUUUUAAAAAAUUAAAGGAAGUUUAUGCUAUUGUUAGGUAACAUUUUUACAAUCUUUUACUUAAAAAUGGCUUUAUAAAGAAAAUGUUUGCUUUUUAGGUAACAUUUUUAGGGUUUUUAAGGGAAAUGACUUUGUAAAGAAAGUUUAUGCAAUUUUUUGGUAACAGUUUUAGCGUUUUUGGAGAGAAUUGGCUUUGUAAAGAAAGUUUGUGCUAUUUUUGGGUUAAAAUUUUAGCUUUUUUAUAUGGAAAGGCUUUGUAAACAAAGUUUUUGCAAUUUUUUAUGCUAUUUCUACAAUUUUUUAUUUAAACCAUGCUUUGUAAAGAAAGUUUUUGCUAGCUUUAGGUAAAAUUUUAGCGUUUUCAGGCUUUGUAGACAAAGUUUUUGCAAUUUUUAGGAAAACCUCAAUAUUUUUAUGUUGAAAAAGGCUUUGUAAAGAAAGUUUUUGCAAUUUUUAUAAAAAAUUUUUACAAAAACUAGACUAAAACUGCCAUUUUUUCAGCCAAUCCAUCCCAACUCCCACUCGAAAUCUUCCUCAAUCUGCCAGAAUUAAACCUCAACUUCUUCCAAUCCGAGCCAGCAAUGACAACAGUCAAAGACUCCGCUGAUCUAGAAGACUUUGUCUCCUCAAUUUGUCUAAUUCAUCUAGAUUCGUCAGUUUUUCACAAUGAAAAUGCCAUUCAAUCAGACACACAUAAACAGCCGGUUCGACGAAAUACGACCGCUUUCAUCGACCACAGUUAUGGCCAUGAGAAUAACAAUUUGAACAGUUUGAACGUGCCGAACUUCACGAUCGAAAGGGAGUCAAGAAGAGAGAAAUGCGGGUUUAGGAUUAAGUUGAAGGUAAGGGUUUGGUCUGUAACAGGGGGAGAGGAUGGAAGGUUUUUUUUGGGAAUUGGGAGAGGGGUGAAAAUAAAAAAGUUAAUUUUUUUGGGGUAUGGGGGGUGGAGACAAAAAAUAAAAAAUUGGUUGGGAGGUUGUUUUUAAAUUAGGGGGGGGAGGAGAACCCCCCCCUCUCCAGAAAAAAUUUCCGAAGAAAGUUGAACUUGGUCCUCCCUGUGGAUUUUUGGAAAAAAAUGCUAUUUAUAAAAACUUUUCCUUUCAGUCCCUACACUGCCAAUACCUCCACAUGACCACAACUCCACAACAACAACAUCGUGUCAAGCUGUCGGCCAACUACACCACAAACUGGGACCAAUUGCCAAUAAAACCAAAGGAAUCGCACCUUCGCCUAAUGUUCGAUCUAGACCUACCUCACAUCGAAGUCAAAUUCAACACCGGCAAUGUGCCAAGUCGACCACCACUCCACUCGACCGGACCCAAAUUGUCACUUAUCAACUUGCCCACCCCGACCAACCCAGCCAAACGAGCCGAGAGUACCAUUAAAGAGCCAAAACAGCACCAUAAAGGGCACGACUCGAACAGUUUGGUCAUCGACAUUGCCACACUCAAUUGCACAUGGUUGUUGGGGAAGCCGAUCGAAGCCAGAGAGAAGAGUGAGGAGCAAACCUUCUACGAAGUGUUCGCUCCAAGCCUAAACUCAUGGAUCAGCACGGUGGAGAAGGUGGUGGAUAAGAUUGACAAAAUGAGUGAUAAGUUGGAGCUAUAUGAAGACGUGGGCUUGAUCAAAAUACUGGCUGAUGCACUCGAUUGGAGGGAUGCUCAGGUAAAAUACGUUUUAAGGUUGAUAUAGUUUAUAGUUGAGGCUUGUAAAGGGGUGGGUGGAAGGAAGAAGAGAAGGUAAUACAGGGCAGGGUAAAAUACGUAUGCAUGAUUAAGGUUAUGUAACGUGUGAUAUCAUAGGUCAUUAAGGUAGUGCAGAGUAAGGUAUGAUACGGUAGGUUAAGGUAGGGUAGGAUACGCUUGGGUAGGACAAGAUAGAAUUCGGUAGAUUAGGGUAGGAUACGAUAGGUUAAGGCAGGGUAUAGUAGCGUAGAGCAGAGUUGGCUCGAGUACGUCAAGGUAUAAUGGAAUAGGAUAAGGUAUGGUAGAGUAAUUUGAGGGGAGUAGUGUAAAGCAGGGAAACAAAAGGUGUGGCACGGCAUUGAUUUUUCAAAAUAAAAAAAAAUUUUAAGCGGGGUGAAUUUUUUAAAAAAAUUUUUUGGGGGGGGGGUGGGAUGUGGCCGUUUCUAACGUGGGUUUAUAGAAUUUUUUUUCUUAUUAUUAGUUUGUGGAGAAAACCUUUUUUAAAAAAAAUUUGGGUAUGGUAAAAAAAUUUUAUUGGGGGGGGGAGGGUUAAAAUAUUUUUUGACGUGUUGUGCUUUUGGUAAGAUAAUAAAAUUGAGUUUGUAAGAGUCAAAGAUUUAGGCAACAAACUUAAUGCUUUCUUUUUUAAAAUGAAGUAUUUUAGUUAAUCGACAAAGCCUCGAAAAUGCACGAUCACAAAAUCAACGGAAAGAACUUCAAUUCUUGCCCAUCGUGCAAACUUACAACAUCACUGUUAAGAUAUGUGUCUAGAAACAACGAAAUUGUGACAUUGGUGAGAAAAAAAAACGCAAUUUUUGAACCCUUCCAUUUCAAAGAGCGUAUUUUACUUUUUAUGCCUUUAGGAACUGAAUUUUUUUUUAGGAGUUGUUUUUUUUAUAAAAAGUUUGAAGUUUUAUAACCGUAUUUUACAAAGAUUUAAUUUUAAAAUUAUUUCAAAAAAAAAAUAAAAAUUGAACUCCAGGACUACUGGUACGACCACCUGAUAGCAUUGGACGACCUGGAAGACAAAAAGACUCGAAAAGCAGUGAUUAUCACAUUGUUAAGUCAUUGGCAAACCCUGAUCUGUAGUCAAAUUCAGCUGGUAGAUCACCUGCUAGCUAACAAAUAUCGUUGUGUAAUUGAAAAGUCACCUUCAGCCUCGAAAAUGGCUACAUUAGAAUCACAAAACGAAGAGAGUCAAGGAAAUAAUGGCAACUUGAAUGUUAUCAAUGAGAAUUUGGAUAGUACCAACCAUAAUUUAGGUAAUAUUAAGGGUGAUUUAGAGGGUAUUAUAAUAGUUGUGAGUGUACAGUAGAAUAGGGUACGAUAGUGUAGGGUAGGGUAAGGUAGUUUAUGGCAUUGUAGAGUAGGGUAGUUUAGAGUAAGCUAAGGCAUAGGUAGGGUAGGGUACUGUUGCGCAAGAUAAUGUGGGAUAAGACAGAGUAUGGUAAGUUAUUGUACUGUACCUUAGGAUAAGGCAUACUAUAGGUUAAGUGAUGGCACGGUACAUUACUGUAAUGUAGGGCAUUCCAGAGUACGGUAAGGCGUGGUACACCUUUCUCUACUUUAAUAAGUGGGGAAGGGCACUGUAAGGUAAAGGAGAUUAUAACACAGUAGACCAUCGUACCGUAUAGAAGAGUAAGGCAUACUGUAGAUUAAGGUAUUGCAUGAUACAGUAGGGUAGAGGAGGGUAGGGUAGGGUAAGAGAUAGGGUAGGGCAUAGUAGGGUAGGGUAGCGUAGCGUAGAGUAGGGUAUAGCAGGUUGGGGUAGAUUAGGGUAAGGUAGUGUAGGAUUGGGUAGGUUAGGGUAUGGUAAAGAAAGCAAUGUAGUUUAGGGUAGAAUGAUUACUAAAGCCAGGCCAGUAGAACGUAUAUUUUAGGUGAAAUUGACCAAAAUCAACUCAAUAAUGCCAACCACAACAUGCAUCCAUCGACUAGCCGUGAAAACUCACAAGCAACAAACGAAGACAAUGUUUUCGACAGUCCAGUCAAGCCACUACUACCAACCUCACACACAACAGACUGUCUGUUCGCAAAAGACGUGGAGAAAGGCAUGAAAAUGUCACAAACUCAAUCAACUUUACUCGAAUCAGCCGCUGGAAGUCUACCUCCAAUGGGUCCAAGCACUAGUGGAACACAGAAGAUUGCUCCUAGUACUCCACAAAGGGUUUCGGGUAGGGUAAUUUUGUAAAAAAGCGGAUUUUUGGACAGGAUUUUUUGAAAUUUUUUUUUUUUUUUUUAAUUUGAAGUUUUUAAACUAUUGAUUUUUCAAAAAUUUUAGUUUUUUGAUGUUUUAGGGCAUAAUAAGGCGUUAAAAACAAAUCUUGUCGUUUUUUACUGUGGGAAGCAGUGGGAAAUGACGACAAAACUUUUAAAGCGGUCAUUAUGUAUCUAAAAUAUUAUUUUUUCAAAGAAAAAGUAGAAGGAAGGCUUUGUACCUUUAAUGAAGCCACAGAAACAUCUAAAUGUUGUUUAUUUUUUUAUCAGAAAUAGCUUUUUUCACCAAGACCUACUACAAUUUCAGGCCACCGUCGCCAAGGCUCGAACGCCACGGUAACCGGCUUCCAACCAGGCCAUCGUCGCGGUCCUUCAUCAGCCACACAAGCCACAGUCAUCAACGAACCCCAACCCAAAAAAGAAGAUCUAUAUCAUUGGAUCCUACGGGCUCAGAAGGAGUACAAGCAACGUCGCGACCUGACACCGAAAAAGGAUCCAGAAGUCACGCACGAAGUGAAUCCAAUGGAGCUGAUGCUCUCCGUCUUCUUCUGGAAAUUAUACGAACAACAACAGUUGGAAAAGACUGGACUGGAUGGACUAAAAAUGCUGACUAACAAGACCCUGAACUAUCAGCUUCAAUGGAACGGAAUCAAGCUGGAUGUCAUAGAGAAAAAGCUGCUGAAUUCUGCUGAAGGCCCAGUCUUAGCCUUUACAAAUCAUCACUUUGGAAGCCUAGAAUCUCUGGAACUGAAUGGAAACAUAAAGUACGAUGUAGGCCUCGACGAUCUUCAGCUACGACCGCUUCUUCUUCACCUUGACAUAGACUACAAUAUCAAGGUACAAACCGUGAAGAUUGUAGCCUCAUUAGCGUCGGUUUGUUUGAUAAACGAUCUGGCUAUGUCAAUCAGUGCGUGUGUCGAAGCGAGACAGAAGAAGGCGGAUAGAAGCGUGUUCCGUGACACAUACAGAAGUCGGCUACCGUCCUCGUUGAAUGAGGAAAUCACAGAGUUUUGCUGGAUCACUGGAGUCAUGGAUAAACUACACGACUAUCAGAGAUACGCGUAGGUUUUUGGAAGGGGAUAGAGGGGUUAGAGAGAAGGGACGGGGAGGAAGAGUGGGCUUUUGUUAAGAGGAGGAGUAGAUUUGAGUGAGGGAUGGGGGGGGGGGAGGAGGAGAGACUAUAUUUUAAAAUUUGAGAAUUUUGUUUUUUAACUUCUUUCUCUUUUUCUCUUACCCUACUUUCUCUUUCCCCCCUCCCUCCCCCCUCCUUAAAAAAUAAAAUUACCCCGCCUUCAAAAAAUUUUUUUUUGAGAAUUUAAAAUUUUUUUGUUUUUGAUGUUUUUAUUCGCUUUCCCUUCCUAAACUUUUAAUUUCAGAAGCAAAACCCUCCACCGUUCCUGCCUCUUAUCAGUCAACAUCAAAGGUGGAUGUAACCUCAAAUCUCUCCUACUUGAAUGCAUGUUAACCGACCUCUUUAUCUCGUUAACAUUCAUGAGAAUCACCCCCAACCACACUCAUAAUUGGAUCCUUCAAAAGGAUGGAGGACUAGCAUCACCAAGAAAGUCAUCAAAACGAAGUCUUUCUGGAUCAGAUCAGCCAAAACUCUCGGAUUCGGUUAGUUUAGACAUAAAGAGAGCCAAUUUGGUACUGUCGGAGCAUCGUACUCAUCAAAAACUGCAAUCCGAAACGAAACAGAUUCUGAAUUGCUCGUUGAAACAGAGCUCUGGGCUGUUUGAAGUGUAAGUUUAUGUUUGGUUUUUGACCUAAAAAUGUUUUUUUUGGCUUUAAAAAGACGUUUAGGCUAAAAAAGCCAUUUUUGGGCUAAAAACGGUCAUUUUUAGGCUUACACAGACUAUUACUAGGCUAAAACUUUUUAGGCGUAAAAAUCUAUUUUUAGGCUUAAGAUGAUACCUUUAGACAUUAAUUAAUAAUUGUAAGCUUAAAAUUUUAUUUUUAUGUUUAAAACUGGUAUUAGGCUCAGUCUAUGUUUAAAAAUAUGAUUAAAGCUAUGAUUAAGCCUAAAUUUAGAUUUUAAGGUGAAUUUUUAGAUUUUUUGCAUCUACUACAAUAUCAAAAUAAUUUUUUUUGGUUUUACAAGUUUUCUCACUAUAAUAUUCAACCUUUUAAUUACAGUAAUCUCUACACCGACCAACACCCAGUACGAAAGUUAGUAGUACAACUUGGCGAUGUUGAAGGCGACUUACCAAUGCAUGCUCAAUCAAUUCACGAAGUCGUACUGAGACAUGCACCCGAGCUUCACGAUCAAUUGUAUCGUAUUGUGGCACAGCAACCUAGAUACUUCCCGAAAAUACGUCAAGAUGACGAGGAGAAACUGAGAACUUCGACUUUGUCUACCACGGUGGAGCCUUCUAUGUACUACGGUAGUGGGCACGGUAAUGGAUAUGGCAGUGGAAAUGGUCAGGGUUACGGAGAUUCAUCAGGCCAUGGUUAUGGUAAUGAAGACGGCCAAUUUGAAGCCACAAGAAGCUCGAAUUAUCGUAAUGAAUCUCUGAAUACAACAAGAGCUAUUGGGGAUUCUGUAGGCUCAUUUGGGGAUGGUACUAUGACUAGUGGUGCUGAUGACGCCAAAAAUGUAAAACUUGUCAAGAAGGCUAAUGAAGGCCCGAAUACAACGAUUGUGAAGGAUUCUACGGUAUCUAGAAAUCAAAAGCAAGACUCUACAGUAUCCAAAAGCCAAAACUUAGAUCCUACCGUAACCACAACCCAAACCCGCGACCGUACGCCUUCCAGUAGCCAAAACAGAAGCAGUGUAAUUUUCGGAACAACCAAGUCUGAUUCAAAUGUCAACAAACUCGAAGUCAAUAGUAAUGCCGCAACCCUAGAAGUACCACCUUCACGAACAGCAGCAUCAUCACAGCUAAGCACGUCCACACUGAUCCCGGAGAAGCCGAAGGACUACGAAAUCAACUUUGAAAUCCACAUUUCAAGUGUAGAAUUGGACGCACAGUUGUUGCCAUCGUUGAAGACCAAGUACAAGUUGAGCAAGGCCAAAGCGAUCGGAAAGACGGGACAGUUUUUGCAUUUUCAGGUAAGUUUUUUGUGCUUUGAACGAAAAUUUAAAAAUAGUUUUUAUGGGUCUUGACACGAAAACUUGAAAUUAAAGUUUUUACAUCAAAAAAUGAGUUUCUGAUUUUGGGUCUCGACACGAAAACUUAAAAUUGAUACUUUUAUAUCAAAAAAAUGUGUUUUGAGUCUUGGCACGAAAACUUUAAAUAUAUUUUAAGCCAUUUUUUGGGAUAAAAAAAUUGGGUAUUAGCACGAAAGCUUGAGAUUUACAUUUUUUUAAAUUUUAAGUUUGGUCCUACCACGAAAUUUUGACUUUAACAUUUUUAAACAUUUUUCAGGCCGAAGUUGUAGACCAUCAAGUGUGCUUCAUGGUGGUCCAAUCCCAAAGCGAAGGCACCCCCACAACGCUCGAAACCUUCACCCUACCCCUGCCAUACAUCAAAGCCUCGGGCCAUUAUCGUCGCUCUCCCGGCCUUAACGCCCCAGGUCCAAACCCAUUGUUGGUCUAUAAAGAUGGCGGGUAUCAUGAUGUAAAGGUGUGUAUGGGACCAAUGGAGCACACCUUCUCGACCGACCUACUGAACCAGAUUUUGUUCGCUGAACAAAGUUUUAGGUCCGAAUUGACGUUCUUGUUGGAACGGUUGUCAGUGGAACGACCGUCAAAUUCAUCGCCGUUACCAUUGAUUAGUGGGAACUCGAAGCCGAUUUUGUUUGAUCUUACUGUAAGUUUGUUGGUUUUAUUAGUCUAUCUGAAGUUUUUUAAUUUUAUAAUAAAUUUUUUGGGUCCCGGCACGAUAACUUGAAGUUUUUAAUUUUUGGGUUUGAAAACUUGAAAAUUAGAUUUUUGGGUUUUAACAUAAAAAAUUAAUUUUUAUUUGUUGGACUUGACAUUAAACUUUGAAAUUACAUAUUUUUUGGUCCCAACACGAAAACUUGGAAUUUUUACUCUAGCUUUGGAAAAUGUGAUUUUUGGGUUCUGACACGAAAACUUUAUUUUUUAACGUCUAGAACUUAAAGAUGAUCGUUUUGGUUUUGAAAUCUUCGAUUUUUUGGGUCUCGGCACGAAAACUUGAAAUUUUUUAUUUUGUUUGAAAACUUGGAAAUCAGAUUUGAUUUUUGGGUUUUGACACAAAAUAUUUAGUUUUCAUUUUUUGGCCUUGGCAUCAAACUUCAAAAUUACACAUUUAUUGGUCUCAACACGAAAACUUGGAAUUUUUACUCUUUAGCUUUGGGAUCCUGAAAAUGUGAUUUUUGGGUUCUGACACGAAAACUUUGGUUUUUUUUUGGCUUUUAUAACUUAAGAAUCAUAGUUUUGGUUUCGAAAACUUCAAUUUUUUGGGUCCCGGCACGAAAACUUGAAAUUUUUACUUGGAACUUUGAAGAUUAGGUUUUUACACAAAAACUUGAACUUUUUUGGCGUUUAAACCUUGAAAAUAAUAUUUUCAGUUUUGAAACAUAAAAUUAAAAUUUUCCCGACACGAAAACUUGAAACUGUAAUUUUUGCGGUUUUAACACGAAGACGAAUUUUUGUGGAAAAAUGUAAAAUUUUUUAAAUUUAGGUAUAAACUCACAUAUUUUUUCAGUUCGAAGGCGAAGGAGCUCCAUGGAUUCAACUAACUGCCUCAACUCCCACCGCUACCGCUGUCAGGUUCACAAUCGACGGUCCGUCGGCCAAAAUUACGAAUCGUUUGAUGUUGGCCGAAAGAUCGACCAGCGAAACCACAAAAUCGACCAAUUCGGAACCAGAACGACUGUUAGGCCGAGCCAAAGUUCAGCUCAAUGUUAAGCUAGGCCAGCUAUGCAAGUCAGCCAUGUACGAAGAGGCGAAGGAAGAACUACAGGAAUAUGCCACUUUUAUGACACAGAUCUCAGCCCAAAACGAGGAAGUGGCUCAGAACUCGAUUCACAACUAUAUCAUAACAUUGAACCGGCCAAUAUUGUUGGCAAAGGCGACAGCGAUAGAUAAGGCUAUAUUGUUGUGGAUCAACUACCGUAACACGUACAAUUACUGGCGAGAGGAGCGCAGUAAAGUCAUGACUCAACGACAAUCACAUCUAUCAUCGACUCACAAGAGCCAUUCACAGGUAAAAUACGGCUUUUUUUGUGGGGGGGGGUUAAAUGUUAUUUUUUGAAGGGUGGGGGGGGGGAGUUAAAAGUUGGGCAGGGUAAAAUUUAGUGUCUUUAAAAGUUGGAAUGGUAAAAUACGGGUUUUUUUCGCAUGUGCAUCCUACAAUAUGAUUUUUCGAAAAGUUAGAGUUGGGCAGGGUAAAAUAUGUUUUUUUAAAUACUGGGCGGAUAAAAUGUUACUUUUUAUGAGCAGGGUUCGUAUGUUGUUUUCGAAAAAUUGGGAGUUGUAAUAACGUUUUUUUUAUGGGCAGGGUAGAAUAUUUUUUUGAAAAGUUGGAGGGGUAAAAUCCUUUGAAUAGAUUUACAUUUCGGUCUCACCACGAAAACCUGAAAAUACAAAUUUUGGGUUUUAUAUUAUCAAAAAUAUUAUUUCCUGAUUAAAAUGGUAAAAUACGAUAUAUUUCCCUCAGAGAAAAAAGUUAAAAGCUCAAUUUUCAGCAAUCCCCAGUCGAUAUGAACAUGAACCUAUCAUUGUCAAUUCAAGGCGGUCUCUACAUUUGCAUGCCAAUGUUUAGCGACGAUUCGUACGGAAUGUCAGCUCUACUAAUAUCACUUCAAAAAUCGGAUGUUAGUGUUUGCGUGAAGAAGGAACUGGCAUGUCAUGCCAAGUUUGAAGCCUUCAGAAUCGCUUUCGUGGAUUCGUUUGAUGAACAUGUAGGUUUUAUUAUUGGUACUGUUGGUUGUAAGAUUGUUUUAUGAUGGAACUAGGGAAGCGUUGAUUAGAGGGGUGGGAACGUAAAUUUUUUACAUGGGCAGGGGAGGUGUUGUUUUUUAAAAAAGGGGGGGGGGCGAUGAAUAUUAAAAAAAUUGUUGGUCUAUUGGGCCUAUUUUUUGGAAAUUUGGUUCCAGUGAGAUGGAUAUCCAAUUGUAUUUAAAUUUUAAAUACUUGAGUUUUUUGCCAAUUUGGCAACUUUUGGCAUUGUGUUUCAAGCACUUUGUUUGACUUUCCAGACAACCUACGCUUACAAAUUUAAAAAUAUAGGUUCGUUUAAAGGUUUUCUACUACUAUAUCAAGUAAAAAUCCUAAAAGUCAAAAAAUGGCAAAGUUAUAAGCUUAAAACACAAUGCCAAUUUGGCGGGAAAAAACACAACUUUUUGAUCUCGAUUUUCUCGAGAUUUUCUGGAAAGCCCGCUUUAAUUCUUUGCUGAAGGUCUUAUAUUUACAUGAUCUAUUUGUAUAAAAAGUUUGGAGUCAAUCAGAGUGAGGCCGGCACUUUUCUUAGUACUACUAUAAAGUACUGUAAUUUUUGUUUUUUUCGGGAUUUUUAAAAAUUUUUCGAUUUUUCAGUCUUUAUCCGACGUAUGGCUUCAAGAAAACACGGGCGAACAAUCCCACUCCAACUUUAUCUUCUUCCCCGAAGGCUCCUACUACUUCUGUUCCAGUGCCAACCCCCCAAAACAAGAAGACGACAACGCCAAAUGGGUAUUGUCAAUCCAGUCCGACAUGAAGGGCAUGAUGAUCGACUUCGACAGCAGAAUCGGCAAACUUAUGAACCAAUGCAUCAAGACCUUAUCAUCGGUUACGAACAGCGACGAUUCUGUAGACGAUCCACCGUACGCUGAGUCAGAAGCCAGCUCAAUUCCGAAGCCGUCGGCCCGAAGCCAAACUAUGGGAUCCGAGUUGACUGUGCCAAGAAGUGAAAGUCCAUUAAGUGAACUGGAACAUGUGAUCGAUGAUAAGAAUAUGAAGUUUGAUGAGAUGAAUCAACUGGUCGGACAUGAAGAGAAGAUCCGAUGGUUGGAAAGAAAGGUGGGGAUUUUAAAGUUUUUUGGGGGGGGGGAGGGAGAAAGUGGGCUCGGUAUCGGGUCGGACCAAAGCAUAUUUGAAAAUAAUCUUUUGACAGGUCUAUUGGGGAGGGUAUGGAGGAGGAGUAAAAAUUUUUUUUGUUUUUUAAGGAGGGGGGGGGGUAAGAGAUGGGAUGGAACGGUUGGGCAUAUGUGAAAAUUUGUUUCUGAAGACUGUUCGAAUGUUUUCCAAAAAAAAAUUUCGGGCGUGGUAAAAAAAAAUUUUUUUAUUUUUUGUGCGGGGUGUAAAAAAAUUUUUUUUAUUUAUAAUGAGAUCUUCGAAAUUAAAAAAAACAAUUUUUUGGGCGUGGUAAAAAAUUUUGAGGUGAUGGGUGAUUAAACAAUUUUAUUGAAAUUUGAUUGAUAAUUCUAAAAUUGACCUCCGCUCUUACCUCUAUCACUACCUCUAUUCAUACUCCUAUCUCUACCCUUACCUCUAUUCAUACUCCUAUCGCUACCCUUACCUCUACUCUUGAUCCUAUCCCUAUUCCAAACCCAUAUUUUUCAGAUGCACGAACAAUCGAUUCUCGUAACAGACCUUAUCAACUGUGGAGCAUCCGAGUAUCACAUUGAAACGGAACGUCGAAAACUCAGAAUUCUUGAACUGGCACGUUUCAAACAAUUCCGACUGACAAUGUUGGACAAACUGAAGCGCAAAGUCGACCAACGGCCGGAUGUCAGCAGUAAAACCAGGGAAAGCCCGAGGAGUACACUUCAAACAGUACCAGAAGAGAAACCAGAACCACCAAAAAUGGGGAAUGUGGUCGAGAGUGUGGAUAUGAACAUCGAUGUGCAGGUAAGGGGAGGUUUAUAGGUUACGGUGAGCUUAGGCCUAGCGGACAUGGGUUUGUUACCUAAACUUUUAUUUAUAAAAUUUAUGUGUCUAAAACUUUCUGAAAGCUUAAAAAUAGCAAGAACUUUCUUUAAAAAACAUAAAAUGGCAAAAACUUUCUUUACAAAGUAUAAAAUGGCCAGAACUUCCUUUAUAUGGCAAAAUCUGGCGUUUUUAUCUAAAAUUUAAGCUUUUGUGUAAUUUUGUUACCUAAAUUUAUUUUUUUUAGGUGUUUAUCUAAAAUUUGACAUUUUUGGAACUUUGUUACCUAGAAUUUUGAUACCUAACUUUCAUUUUUUUUGUAAAAUAUGGUUUUUUUUGAAAGUUUUGUUACCUAAAAUUUUACAGUUUUGGAAUUUUGUUACCUAAAAAUUUUUUUUAAAAAAUGUUUGGUUUUUUUAAAUGUUGUGUUACCUGAAACUCAAUUUCAGAUCAAAAUCGAGACAGGUCACUGUAUUCUCCGGGCUAAUCAAGCCCAACCCUCUCAACGUGAUCCAAACGCGCAGAAAACCCUCACCAAACGCUUAUCAGCCAAAGACCUGAAGCGACAACAAACCCUAUCACAAUCUAUCACUACCCUCCAAGUGCCAAGUCUGGAUGCCAAACUCUUUUACACUUCAGAUGACAGUCGAUCUCAUCCACCAGAACAGCUGAGGAACACUUUCAAGAACAAGCCCAAGCCUAACAAGUGCUUUUAUCUGGUACUAGAGCUGGCCAAGAUGCUGGAACCGACCUUGGUCACUCCAGCUUUGGCCGACUUCCUCGAACAAGUGGUUGAACCCUUGCCUGAUGAACUUUUUGAACUUCAAACCACUCAGAAUCAGUCACAUGUACAGGAACAAGAUGAUGGAGUACCAAUUGUGGUACUGGACACAAGUGGCUUACCAUUGGAUGUGUUCUUCCACAUGACUGUCUAUUCAAGUGUCAUCAGGUUUGAAGGUGAGUUAGUGGGUUUUUGGGAAGGGAGAGGGUGUGGAGAGUGGUGGGAAGGGUAGCAUAGGUAUUUUUAGCUUGAUAAAUAAGGUGGGCAUGAUAAUAUAUGGGGUAGAAGAAGUAGUAUAGAGGUCGUAGUGUCAAGUAGGAUAGGGUAGGGAGGGUAGGGUAAGGCAAUUUUAAGGUAAGGUAAAGUAAGGUAUGGUAAGGUAAGCUAAGGUAAGGUAAGGUAAUGUAGGGUAACGAGGGUAGACGGUAGGGAAGUUAGUGUAGGUUAAAGUGGAACAGGGUAGAAUAAAAUGAUGUAUAGUAGGGAAGUGAGGGUAGGGUAGGUAGUAAAGCUGAAAUGUCAUGAACAUUGGUAUAGAAAAGCUAAUUCUAUAAAUUUGUGGUGAUUCGUCACUUUAAUAUUGAUUUUUUUAUUUUGCGAUACAAAGAAUGGACCGCAAAUCGUAUUUUACAAUUUAAAUUUAAGUUUUUGUAAUUUUGAGAUUUCAACUUUUUGGAAUUUAAAAAAAAAUUAACUUUUCCAGGUCAACAACAACGCUCAAGCUCCGCUGCCGAUUGUCUACUCACCCUGCCCAGUCUAACACUAAUGGCGUCGACUCGAAAAUACAAUGAACAGUCAUUAAAUGUGGCAGGAAUAUACCUAUCAGCUACUCUAUCCAACUUUGACUUGAGCAUCUACAGUCCUCAUCAACAAGCCAGCAGUCAUGAUGCUUUGGCCGUCAAAUUGGACAAAUUUUCAAUUUCAGCGUCGAGAACAAAGUGUCCUACGAAGGAGGAGGAGAAAAACAAGGUUCAGGUAGGGGAAUUGAGGAUGAUGUGCACUGAUAUAGGUAUUAAAUUUUUAAGUUUUUUGGGUUUUUAGGUAUGAAUUUUUGAAAAUUUUGGAGUUUUUGCUACCUAAAAUAUCAAUUUAGUACUGAAAAUUUUAUUUUUUUUGAAAUUAUGUUACCUAAAAUAUGGUUUUUGUUCGAACUUUUGGUUUUUUUUAAAGUUUUGUUACCUAAAAUUUUAUUUUAUUUUGAAAUUUUAACAUUUUUGAUACUUGAAAUUUUAGCUUAUUACCAAAAUUUCAUUUUACGGCUUAAAAUUUGAGUUUUUUCGAAAGUUUAUGGUUUUCAUAUUAGGUUAUUUAGCCAAUUCUGUGCUUCCUCUUAAAGCAAAUUUUUGGGAAUUGAGGGCACAGAAUUAUUUGAACGACCUAAUAUAAAAUUUUUGGUUUUUUGAAAAUUUUUGUUACCUAAAUUUUAUUUUUUUUUAUUUUUAAAAUUUGAAAACUUUGUUACCUAAAAUUUAAUUUUCUUUUUAAAAAUUGCUUUUUUCAGCUAGUAAUCGUCUCAAACGUAGGAAAAGCUGACUUCAAUUACGACAUGAGGCGCCUGGGUGAGCUACUGUCCUUCCCGAAGCCGUGGUAUCGAAAGAAACUGAUCCAACGAGUUUUCUUUGGAGAACAAUCUCUGCAACGAAAGAACUCGACUUCUACAGUACAUUCCCAUUCUAUGCCGGCUAGCCAGUUUCAUGGUAAGUUUUUGAGGUUUCUUGGGGUAAAAUGGCAAGAACUUUGUUUACAAGUUUGGAAAUGGCAAAAACUUUCUUUACAUGGGUUAAAUGGCAAGAACUUUCUUUACAUAGCUUAAAAUGGCAAGAAUUUUCUUUACAAAGCUAGAAAUGGCAAAAAAUUUCCUUACAUAGCUUAAAAUUCCAAUUUCAGGCCAAUCCCCCAAAGUCGAUCCCCAGCCAAAGACCGGUCCAGAAUGGGCGGCUUCGGUCGAUUUCUCAAUCCAAUGGUCGGAACUGAACGUGAACGCUCAAAUGUCCAACACCAUGGGUAAUACCACAUGGUUCGUGCGACAAGGAAUCCUACGAGGACAUGUUCAACUCGAUUCGCAACGUCAACGAACCGUUUCAUUAGGAUUCAAGCUCAGGAACUCACAAUUGAGUGCUCAAGGUGGUGCCAUCUCAGGUGACAUUGAGAUCAAUAAGCUUCUGAUCGCUACACGUUACUGUAAAUCGGCUGAGGUGGGUUUUUACUUACAAUAUUAAUUCUAUAUCUUUCAGAAGCCCCCAGAAAGCGUAGCGAAGCUAGAAUUCGGCUCCAUCGAAUGCCGUGUCGAAUGGAUGAGCCGCCCCAUCUUCAUCGGCCGCUUUACCAUGCCCCGCCUCAUCAUAAACGAUGAAUGGCAGUUCCAUUCCCAAUCUGAUGGCCAAGUCGAUGAAGCAGUCUGCAUGCUCAAAGUCAAUGGCUCAUGGGACGCGCUGGACAUGAUCAUCACCAAGAACACCACCGAUGACAUGGUGAAGAUCGUGGAAAAGCUGGCCAACUUCUUCAACGAACAACUCCAAAGCAGUCGCAUGGUGUGGGGAGAUGAUCUUUUCUCUCAUAUCAGCCAUUCGAGAGAUAACAUGUCUAUCUCGUCGGAUGAAACAACUACUUCAACUACAACCACCGUCAAGCCGGAUACAACAACAUCGAGGUCGAGUUUGGAUGGAAGUCGAUUAAACUCGAGUCAUGUACAAUAUUGGCAGAGAAUUCUGGAUGUGGUGACUGAUAUUCAGGUAAUUUAGAAGAGGCAUGAGUGGGGGUUUAGGGGGAACUUCGGGUUUUAUGGUUGAAGUCAUGGUUAAUAUAAUAUUAUUUAAACAAAAAUGUUGAAAUAACGCAAAAGUGAGCUUAAAACCAAAGGAGUGGAUUACUUAAGCCGUGUUUUAACUUUUUUACGCAUAAAAAUUGAAAUUUGUCAAAAAAUUUUAAAAAUUUAUUUUGGCGGAUUUUUUGGCAUUAUGUUGCAAGUUGAUUUAACAGUCUUAAAAUUGUUUUAAAUACUCAAAAAUUGGUUAAAAGUAUCUUAAAGAUCUUAUAAGUUGAUUUUUAAUACAAUUUUGGAAAAAUAGUUAAAUAGAACGGAAUGCCAAAAUGCGCGGGAAAAUAGACUUUUGAAUUUUUAGUGGUUUUUUGGGUUUUUAAAGAAAUUUUAUGGCUUUUUAUUGGACGUAGAAACAUUUUUGGGUAUUUUAGAGCCUAUUUUAUUAUAUUUUCGAUUAGAAGUUCGUCUUGGUAUUGUAGUAGGUAGUAGACGACUUCAGUUACGUUUUUUCAAAAUUAUCUAGCUUUUUGUAUUUUUUUAUGACAAUUUUUAAUUUCAGCUCAAAAAGAAAUACCUACCCUUACCAAUGACUAAAGACGGCGUAACCCUAGUGGGCGGGGUAAUCGAAUUCGACGCGAAACGCAUCAGUUUGGCCUGCAUGAACGGUGAAAUCAACGCCUCAUCCUGGGCUCUAUUCCACAUGCGCGAAGCCAACACCCUCUUCACAUGCAAGUCCAAAUACCUGUUCAUGGAUCAGGAAUGCGAAGACGUUGGUGUUCACACUGAGCAGAAGUUCGUCUUCAAACUGGGCGCUCCAAUGAACACGGACUCGGCCCAUUUCAGCGAAUGCAAGGCCUCAGUAUGUCGAGUACAACAUACCCGAAACUUUUUAAUGCGUCACAACACGUCCGUGGAGCUGUGCUUGGACGCGAUGAUUGGGGAUGUGUUGAAACAGCUGAAUUUGUACGCGGAACCGGGCGCAAAAGUGCCUCCGGCUAGGUUCACUCACAAUGUAUUGGAGCUGUUCCAGUUCCCAGCGUUGGAUGCAACGCUAACGACGGUUCAAAUCAGUCCAAUUGAGGUCUCGAAAAAGUUUGAGGAUUUCGUUACGGAUGUUGUAAGUGCUUUUUUUCCCCUGGGUAAAUUUGAAUUUUGAAGGAGGAGGGGGGGGGGUGGUCAAAAAAGAUUUUAUAUGUAAAAAUGAUAAUGAUGGGCCAAGUUCUCUUUUUUUUGAAAAAAAUAAUUGGGCGUGGUAAUUUUUUUGGAGGGAGGGGGACAAAUUUUUUUUAAAUUUUCAAAAAGAUUCACUAUUUUCUCACUCUUUUAAUUCAUUUUAGGUCGAAAGCACGGUAAUCUGCGAGUUCCAUAACGCUGUUUGUGUUCAAACCGACUUCAACGCUCAAGUCGGCUUCCUACCCGAACUCCUCAAGAGCUACAUGCUCAGCAACGAUGACAAGCAGAAGCCUUCAACCUCAAAAGAGCCUGACCUAGAAUCAACUAUAGACAAGUCAAAGAAAGACAUUAGACAAUACAUUUGUCGACAAUGGAUUGUAGACCCAAAGAUUAGAUUUAUCGACCGAUUCAAGUGGAAUCCCCCUGUGAUCGACGAUGUUCUCAGGAAGUUACAGGUAAAGUAAAGAGAGGUUGUAGAACAAAUAUGGGCUUAAAAGAUUGACAAAACUAUGAGGAUUGAUUUAAAAUGGCAUUUGGGAAAAGAUAUUUUAAGAAAGUGGCAUUUAUAGCAAUUUUUUCGAAAACAACCAUUAAAAUUUGUAUUAUCAUAGACAAUAUUCAUGCGUUUAGGACUGUAAACAUACGAAACCACGGCUUUUACUUAUUAAAGAAGAUGUAAAACUUAAUUUCCUUUAAUAUAAGCCCACUUUUGACCCAUUUCAAUUCCAGGAUUACUGUAUUUUUUCAGAUAUUCGACCAUCGCACUACCAUCCCCAAGGUCAUGCAAAGAGGACUCCUGGACCAUAGUGAUCAACUCAUAGCUGUCAUGCUGGAAUCAGUAGCACGACAAGCCCUUAGAGAUUAA